ACGUCCGAGGUGAAAGGUCGAAAACGUCAAACUCACGUUGCCCGCCGCAACAACAAAUGUUGUGUUAGCUGAACGUUUGACUUGGUUUAACUUUCCAUGCAUCGUUUUCUGUUGUCGUCCCGUGGUUCAUAACAGAGAGAAAAUGUCAGGGAAGGCCAAAGACCUCCUGCAGAUGGACCUGUAUGGUUUACUUGGUGUUGAAGGCACUGCUACGACGAAAGAGAUCAAGAAAGCUUAUCGACAGAAAGCCUUGACGUGCCAUCCAGACAAGAACCCAGACAAUCCGAAGGCAGCUGAGCUCUUCCACCAGUUGUCUCAGGCUCUCGAGGUGCUGACUGACGCUGCUGCCAGGGCUGCCUACGAUAAGAUCUGUGCUGCUAAGAAACAAGCAGAGGAGAGGAACAGGAAACUAGAUGACAAGAGAAAGAAAAUUAAGUUGGAUUUGGAGACCAGAGAGCGACAGGCUGAAGCCCAGAGCCAGGAGGAGGUGAAAAUCAGUAGAACACUUGAAGAGGAGAUUGCCCGUCUAAGGGAGGAAGGAUCCAGGCAGCUUCAAGAAGAGCAGCGGCUCAUCAGAGAGCAGAUCCAGAGAGAGAGAGAAGCACAGCAGCAGCAAACAGCAGGCUACAGUCACACAAACUCAGGAGUAGAAAGAUGUUCCAAGAGCAACGUGACCCCAAAAUUAAAAUUGAAGUGGAAAUGUAAAAAAGAUGAUGAGACCAAUGGCGGCUACUCCCAAGACACUCUUUCCAGACUUCUACAAAAGUACGGGGAUGUUUUGAAUGUGAUUGUAUCGAGUAAGAAGAAAGGAAGUGCUGUGGUUGAAUUUGCAACUGUCAGAGCAGCUGAUCUGGCAUUUAAAAAUGAAAGUGGCCUACAUGAAAAUCCCUUGAAGAUUUCGUGGCUUGAAGGACAGCCAGAAGCUGCUGAACAGGUGUCACAAACUGGCCAGUUUACAUCUUCACAGGGCUCACUGAGCAGCGAACGCGACUACGAGAGUGUGGUGCUGAUGAGGAUGAGGCAGGCCGCCGAGCGACAGAGACUCAUUGAGGAAAUGCAAAGGGAGGAUGAGGAGGAGGCUGCCAACUCCUAGCACUGCAGGAUCCAGCCUGGGACGAGUCAGCGCAGUCAGCCCGCAGCCAUUAAGUGAAUACCUGUGGCUUUAGUUUCAUAAAGCCUCUUUUGUGUUUUGGUGUCAUGUUUUUUUAUUUGUAGAACAAAAUAAACAUCUUUAAUUACUGAAUCA